AUGCCGAAAUUACAGUUAAUAAGUGAAUUAAAAAUAUUUCAGUCUUUGGAUUUAUUCUUUCUUUUCAACAGAUUUUGGUUCUUUAUGGCAACAUUUCUCAUGAACUCUAUGGAAUCGGUGAAAUUGCAUUGUUCAUAUGAACUUUUUAAUGGUUUUUAUUACCCGGUCCAAGCUGCUGCCACUUGCAGACCUCAAAAAUUUCGUACAACUUUCGAGGAUAGAAAUGUCAGUUUAGUGAACAAUUAUUAUGAUUCAUUUGACAUCAUUCAGUUCUAUGGUGAAAAGCAGUCGUGCACUUAUUUUCCAGUGAAUUUGGGAUCACAUUUUCCACAGUUGCAAACUAUUGUUAUCCGGAAUUCAAAUCUACAAUUUCUCUUCAGCAAUGAUCUUGAUGGAUUGAAUAACUUGAUACUUUUGGAUGUUUCAUUCAACCCAAUCGAAUAUUUUCAUUCAGAUUUAUUUAAGGGAAAUGAACAUAUUGUGAUUAUUUCUUGCGUCGGUUGUCACUUGAGAUUUAUCGAUUCAAAUUUUUUCGAUAAACUUCCAUCUUCUGUAGAAAUAGUUGAUUUUGAAGCUAAUAAGUGCAUACAUGCAUGGGCAUACUCCAAGUCUGAACUAGAAACGUUAGGACCCGAAAUCUUAAAGUCAUGUGACCAAGAAAAUAAAUUUUAUGAUGAAAGAAUCUUCGAUCGGAAUCUACCAGAAAACUUAGCGAAGAUUUCGAGAACCACUGAAAUUUCUGUGUCCACUGAAACAACUGAAAGCAUUGAAACCGAAAAACCUCCAAUAUCAUCGACUCCUUGUUUAUCUGAAAGCGUAACUGAAAAAAUUGUGUCUGAAAAUCCAAUAAUAGAUUGCAUGGAGCUUAAGUCAUCGCACAUUGACGUUUAUGUUGAAUUGAUCACUUUAUUUUCAAUUUUAAUAUUCACGAUCGUCAAUGUCAUAAUAUUGAAGAACAUUGUAAGAAAAUUAAGUGCAAACAGAACUCGUUCAAACAACACAAAUGGAAUGGAGAAUGUUAUUGAACUAAGAACAAUAAGGGCAUAA